UCCAUUGUUUUACAUACACAGGUACACUGCAGAGAUAUCUGUAUCGGGUGGUACCUACAAUCGCAACGUUUUGGUCCUCUUCAACAAGCUGAUUGAAAAAGACAUAAGAAUGGCGUGCGUGAACUCCUUUGGGUUGGGAGAAUCAAAUUCCCACGUACUCGUGAGGCAAAUCCCCCAUGACGAGUCUCAAGACAACACUAACGAAGAACAAGCGAAGAUUGUAGCUGUAUCUGCAAAGACAUGGCAAUCCUUGAAGCUGUCAGUGGAGGACCUGAUCACACAUUUGGAGCAAAGCCCGGACAUAUCCCUUGAACAACUCGCCUACACAUCCCUACUGAAAAGAACGCACCACAAUGUCAGGUUAGCGGUGUCAGGUAGCUCAGUUGGGGACAUCAAGCAAUCUUUAGAGAACCGCGUGGCCAGCAUAGAAGGAGCAGUACGCGCAAGGACAAUCAGACGGAAGAGUGGUCGUGGAGAUGAGUUAGAGCUUGACGAACAUGUCAUUUUUGUAUUCUGCGGACAAGGAUCGUUGUGGGAGGGCGUGUGCCUAGACCUGAUGGAGAAAGAGCCCGUAUUCAGGAGAAAGCUGACUGAAGUCGAUUGCCUGCUUCGCCAGUACGUUGAGUGGUCUCUCCUUGAUAAGCUGUCAAAGAAAGAAGACUUUCACGUCCCGUUGGUAAGACAAGCCAUUGUUUUCACCACUCAAGUCGCACUGUUUGCUCUUUGGCAGUCGUGGGGCAUCACGCCAGAUACCAUUAUCGGUUGUUCAGCUGGCGAAGUUGCUGCAGCGCAUUGUUCCGGCACCCUGUCACUACCGGAGGCCGUACGUGUCAUCUACCACAGGGGUCGUCUGCAAAAUGAAGUAACCGGCGGGAAGUAUUUGGUUGUCGGGAAUCUCCCGGUGAAGAAGGUGCUAGACUUGUGCAGUAACGUAUCGGGUAAAGUUGACUUGGCUGCCGUAUGCAGUGCCUCGUCCUGCGAGCUGUCUGGCGAUGAUGAUGCAGUAGAUGAGCAGCUUGAAGUUCUGAGGACGAUGAACGAGAACGAAAUGGCGGGCCAGCUGUUUCUGAGAGAGUUAGAUGUGCCUGCUGCCUACCAUAGCCACCGGAUGGAGCCGAUCCGAAGUGAGCUAGAAUCAGCGUUGAGAGAUCUACGUGGUCAGCCGCCUACUGUAGAACUAUACUCAACUGUCACAGGGAAGAGAGCUACGAAGGAGGACUUUGUGACCGGAGAAUACUGGGGAAGAAACGUUAGACAACCAACGAUGUUCAGUAGCGCGCUGUCAGAAGCCUUGAACCGUGAAAAACGAAACAUCGUUGUUGACGUCGGUCCUAAGCCUGUUUUUAGAACCAACAUCAAGCAAAUUGCAUCUGAGGAGUCUGAGGUGGCUUUGACCUACGUGGCGUCCAUCAAGCCAAACCAAGAGCAUACUUCUAUCCUGCGCAGUCUUUGCGAUUUGUAUGAAGUCGGUUUGAUGCCGAGUUGGAACGCUUUUUUCGUGAAAGAAAUGUGCACUCCUACGGACGUGCCGCGUUAACAGUUUGCUCGAAAGCCACUGUGGUUCGAAACCGAGACCGAGAAAGCUGUAGCGGUACCGGAGCGCUACGUACGUGUCCACAGCUAGCGAUGGCCUCCCUGGUUGACACUCAGUAUCUACAAUCACCUGGCGAGGCAAACAUCACAUUUCCUACCCAGGGUCCGGCCGGGCUGUUUGCAGAAACGAAAAAUUAAAGUUCAUGCCAAUGAAUGUACACAAGACAUGCUGUUGAAUUAUUUUUGGUCCUGGACCGUUUUGUGUUUUUGUUGUCUUUUGUAUAUCGUGCUCUUCGGUGCCCAAAACUGCCCGGCCGGGCCCCUUUAACUUGUGGAAAUGUGACGUUAGCCUUUAAGUUAACAGUUUGCUAUAAAGCUACUAUGGGUUUGGUUCGAAACCGACAAAGAGGAAAAUGUAACUCGGUGGCACAGAUAGGAAGGGGUGUGAUAUUUGUCAGUGCAAAAAUUCACGAAUAUGUUUUGUCUUCAAGCAUAUUUAAAUUUAUAAGGACAACUUUCUUUUACUUAAGGAACAAGUAGUUACGUUUCAUAAAUCAUUGAAAGAAGAUAAGUGUAGAAAGGAACGGGGAUUUAUGAUUUAUGUCCUGUAGGUAGCGUAGAUAAAGAUGUACACAAUAGAAUUCAAAUGAUAUUAAAUAGCACUAAUGAAAAACCUUUAUCAUAACGUUGGGUUCCGUGUAUCUUUUGUCUUGGACAUGCUACAGUUUGAUUUUGGGGGUGACAGAUAGUUUUUAACGUCAGAAAGAAGUGGUGUUGGGAUGCCACCUAGUCAUUUAUUAUGGAAUUGCAGGAUCUCAUUUGUGAAUAAUAAAGCAUCUGUACUUAUGGUGUAUGCAUAGUGGGACGAAAAUAGGUAGCACACGACAAUUGGUAUCUUCUUGUUGGUGUACAUUGUUACAAGCAAAGGUUCACAAUAAAGGAAUGUGUUAAUCUA